AAUAGAUUGCCAAAUAUAAAGAAAACGUCGGUAUAUAAACCAAAUAAUUUUUUAACGUUCCCACACACAUAGAUCUCUUUGCGUAUCUACAUUUUUAGCUUAUUUGCAGACGGGUGCAUCUAACUGCUACUCUUGUUAGUACCACGGUUACGGUUGGUUUGCGUUGCAGUGUACAUUCAGUGUUAAUAAGGGAUUUAGUUUGGAUACAUUAUGAAUACUGCUAUUGCAAUUUUCUUCCUUGGUUUUGCCGUCCUCGUUUCUAGCGAACCUCCAACAUCUUAUGGAGCUCCAAGUCAAAGUUAUGGAGCACCUUCAGGAGGCAGUGGAGGCUAUGGAGGAGGAGGUCACGGUACCGGAGGAGGUCAUGGAAAUGGAGGAUACGAGGAGCCUCAGGCCUAUGAAUUCGGCUAUAGAGUAAAAGACGAUUACUCAGGAUCAAAUUUCAAUCAAAAAGAGGCCAGCGAUGGUAGUCAAGUAAGAGGCGAGUACCGAGUGGCUCUUCCUGACGGUAGAACCCAAAUUGUUACUUACUGGGCUGACUGGCAAACUGGAUUCCAUGCUGAUGUCAAAUAUGAAGGACAAGCAACUUAUCCUCAGACUAAACCUCAAUACGGACCACCAAAUGGAGGAAGCUCAGGAGGUUAUAGUUAUCCAAGUCCCAGUCCGAGCAGUCAAUAUGGAGCACCUCACUAAUAAAUAAAUAUGACAAAACAAUUAUAUUUCUCUUAUUAGUUGAAAACUGUAAAUUAGUUUUAUAUAUUUCGGGUAGAAAAAAAUAGAUUUCCGAUUUUACUAUUUGAAAGAGAGAAUUUCUUGCUCAAUUUUCUUUGCAGUUUCUAGUUGUGUAGUUUUAGUAUAAAACAUCCUUGUACCUGUUUGUAAAUAUAGUAUUUUUGAAAUUUCUAGUUUUUAAGUAAU